UCAGGCGUCGUGCGCGUGCUUGCGUGUGUUUGUGAGGUCCCGAAAAAAGCGAACGUCGAAAGAAGAAACGCUGCGAAAAUAUCAGAGGCAAAAAGAAUCGAAUUGGUGACCGAUUCCGGGGUGGAGUGAAGGCAGUGUAAAUGAAGGAGACGCCAUCCUCCGGUGGAACAACGAUGAUAAGCCAGGUAACAGUGGAGGCGCUUCAUUCGGCCACCUACGUGGAAAACUAUUUGGACUCAGUGGAAAACCUGCCGGACGAUGUCCAGCGGCAUCUGUCCCGGAUCCGGGAGAUCGAUGUGCUGUACCGGAACCAUCUGAGGGACGUAAGCGUUUACUACGAACAGUGGAGCAAUAGCACCAACAAUGGAAUGGCAAAUGGUGGAGCAGGGGGAAGUGGUGGAGGCGGUGGGGGAGGGAGUGAUUCGUCCUCGACGACGCCAGCCACGGAACCGGUCAAUAAUAAUGCCACCAAACGGGCCAUUGCGCGGAUCCAGCAGGGGCUGAUUGCCGCCCAGGAGUUGGGCGACGAGAAGCUGCAGAUUGUGCAACAGUUGCAGGACAUGAUUGACCACAAGACGCGCCAGCUGGAUCAGGACUUCAAGAACCUGGGGAGCGAUUUCUUCUCGAGGUUGGAUUACAAUCGAGAGGAGAAGGUGACUGAAGGCCAACAGAAAGAAAUACGUUCCAAUAGCCCCGGAAAUGCAUGUUCGCCAAAUAACGUCAAUUCAGCGCCGGCGGUUUACGCUUCAGCAACCGGCAACGGACAGAGUACCAGUGGAGUCGGGUCAAACGGUGGAAAUGGUUCUUCGGCAAAUGCAACAGGAGGAAACUAUUCCUCUAACAGUGGCAGUAAUAAUUCCGGAAACGGAAAUGGAUCCGGAAGUUCCAGCAGUGGUAAUGGAGGCGGAGGUGCAGGAGGAGCUGGAGCAGGAGGCAGUAGUGGAAGUGGAGCUGCGGCUGAACGUGGAUCGAAAAGGGCGCGGCGAACGCGUACUGAACAGAACAGUGGCAGUGCAAAUGGUUCAAGUACACCGAAUUCCACAUCCGGAAUGCCGAUGGACAUAGAUCCCAUCGAUACGAGCAAUAUCAAGCAGGAGGUGGGAAUCGGUGGAAGUGGGCAAGCUUCCACAAGUGGUGCCAGCGGAAGUGGAACCGGAGGCAAAAACCACUCCGGACAGGCGAACAACAGCGGCCAAGGCAAGAAGGGUAAUGCGGGAUCGGGUAAGAAGAAGAAACGGAAGACUGGUCGAGGGCAGGCCCGGGAAGCACGAGAGGACACUCCCCCACCCGAGGAAACCAUCGAUCCGGAUGAGCCGACGUAUUGCUUGUGUGAUCAGAUCUCCUUCGGCGAGAUGAUCCUGUGUGAUAACGAUCUGUGCCCGAUCGAGUGGUUCCACUUCAGCUGCGUGGCGCUCAUGUCCAAACCGAAGGGCAAGUGGUUCUGUCCGAACUGCCGGGGCGACCGACCGAACGUGAUGAAACCGAAAGCCCAAUUCCUGAAGGAGCUCGAACGCUACAACAAAGAGAAGGAGGAGAAAACCUAAGGAUAUUCGCGGAGAGAGCUUUGGCGGAUAAUUUUACUUUUAUGUAAUUUAUUGUAUUUUUUCCUUUUUAUCUUUUUUGCUACAUUCUUAUAAGGACUAAAAUAGUCAAUCCAAGAAUCUUUAUUGGAUUUAUGUAUAGAUCGAUUUUCUCUGGAAAAAUGUCAUGUAAGUUCAAUCCCUUUACAUUUUGCUAAACAUUUGAGCAGAUCAUUAGGAAUAAGGAAUGUUCCGAUUUAUUUUUUGUUUAUUUUUUAUUAGAUGACUUUUCACCUCGGACGUAUACAUAAUUAAGAUUUCUUCAUUAUAAUGAGAAUUUUAUUUCCAGGGGUUGCAGAUAUUUCAUUUCAUCAUAGAGGCAACCCCCAAGCGGUUUAAUUGUAUGAUUGCCCAUUCAGUUGAUAAUCAUUGUAGAAAAUUUCAUUUUUCAUUUGGAAGAAAUAAAUGAAAAGAAACGAAACACAUCUGACAGUACAUAAGAGGGAGAAAUGAACAACAAAAAACUUACACUUAUGGAACAUAUUGUAUUGCGAAAUUAUAAGAAAAAAUAAAACCGAUUUGACUUUA